UCUCUCAAAAUGUUGGCUAGUCCCCAGUGCUUCAGGCUGGAGAACAGGCGCUUACUAAGCCGAUCACAUUGAGGAGAUGUUUCUGUUGGUGGCAGUAGCAGAAGUGCUGUUUGUUCUGGGUUUGGCGUGGAAGUCAGAUUCUCUUUGUUCACCCACUACUUUUUACAAAAAUUGCUGGAUUCGACGCUUCCCGAGUCUUCUGAUUGAUCUGGAGGAAUCUCAGAAGAGGGGAGCCCAGGUGCUUAAGAUUUACACAGAAGUCACAGCCGAGCAGUGCAGCCGCACCUGCUGCGUUCUGAAGAAUGUUUCCUGUAACCUGGCAGUUUUCUACUUUGAAACUAUCCAUGAGAACAUUAAUUGCCUGCACAUUUAUUGUCCAGCCUUGGAAAGCUGCAUAUUGAGGGCUAGAACCAAUGUCCUUUUGUACAACAUCACAACAGGGACUGAUCCGGAUCUUCUUGUUUUUGAAAAAUUGUCUUAUAAGGAUCCAAAUACCCGUUCCUCUUUUAACAAAUGGGAAAGGCAAAACAGCUCCAGGACUGCUGAUUCAGAAAAACGUCGACACAAUAAUGUCACACUGAGGUCUCUUCUACUUCAGUAUCCAUCUUCUACCACUAGCCAGGGCUUGGUAGCAAAUGAUAGUCAUAGCCACAGUGCAAGUGGCUUGAUCUCAAAUACCAAACCAAUCACACGUUCAUGGGCAAGGUCUCUACCCUUGGAUGACCAUUUUGCUAAGGAGAUGGAUUUGACUUCAGAAAGUACAGGUUUGACAUCUAAUUCAGAUAAAAAGAUGUCUGUAUCCACUAAGAUGUUAUCUCACGUGCCCAGUCCUGCUCACCUAAACAUCAGUCAGCAGCACUUCAAUGAAACCAAAGGAUACAGUGGCAGGAACUACACUUCAGAUAAUGAGGGUCAAAGACCUGUUUGGGUGGCAGUGGAUACAGGUGCCUGGUUUGUCCCUUUGGUGCUUUGCUCUUCUUUCAUCUUCCUUUGCUGUUGUACUGUUCUUCUGGGAGCUGGGCGCUGCAGAAAGAGGAGAGGUCACUAUAAGCCAGUGCAGAGAGGAAAGGGAGGGUCCAGGCAGUACAUAAAAUAUACUCUUGUAAAGAGUAGUUUGUAAUAGCAGAUACUGAAAAAGUAAUAAGGAGCUAAAUAACCUGCAUCACUCAUGUUGGUGGAGAAAGAGGCAGCAGCCGUAUUUAGUGAAAUACCUCUCUCAGCUUAUUUCUUGAGGGUUUCCCUUUGGAGAUUUUGAACUAUUUUUUGGCAGAUGUCUCAGCAGCUUUUGAUAACAGUGUCAACUAAACAUCCUGUUAUAAUUCUCUUUUUACUACCCACUGAUCCAAAGAGAUAUAGGGCCAAAUUCUAGUCACAGCUACAUGCUCACAACUUCCACUGAACUUAGAGGUAUUUCUACAUACCUUUGUUUAUAAUUUGAUCAAAAGUAAAGCUAGAAUCCUGUUCUAACCUCUCUGUAGAGACAAUGGGCUUGAUUCUCCACUUCCUUUGUGUGUACUCUUCCCUGUCUUACUUUGUAUAAUGUAAAGCAAAUGUAAAAUGCAACCAUAUCAGAAAAGCAGCAUUUUACACUUACUUUGCCUAAGUUUUUAUGGAAACAAAAGGUGCAAGGUUAUGGAGAAACAGACCUAGUUACUUUUAGAUCAUUAAUAUCCUGAACAUCCAUACCUUUAAAACAGUGGAAAUUUAGAGUUUGAAAACAUGUAGUUAUCUGCUUAACCAUCCAGAACAGGAUUGUUCCUACUGUGUUUUUAAAAUUAUUCUGGUGAUGGGACUUCCACAAUCUUUUAGGUCUUAUUAUUAGGAAAUGUACUUUAAUAUUUAGCCUAUAUUUUCCUUUGCCUGUUGCAGCAUUCUCUAUUGCCAAUUCCCUUCUAGGCAUCUCUAGCACCAUGCUCUCUGGCCCCCCUCCCAUCCUAGAUGCCAACCCUUCUUUCACCUCCUCCCAGGCCAAUAGUCCUCCAAGUUGGUCAUGCUCUCCUAUAUCCUACAAAUGUCAAACACCCCAAAGUUCCUCCUCCCCCACAAGAAAAUUGACUGAGUCUCUUGAAUAGCAAAACACACAUUUAACUCUUAAUCGUCUCUGGGCUACUGUUUCCAUUAAAAGGGCCUCUACUUCUGUUCUCAGAGUAAAUCCCAGAGGUUGAAUCUUUUGCCUUUCCCUUGGCAAAAUGAGGAUGAGAUGUUUUAGCCAGACAUUUGUCAUUUUCCAUGAAACACUGCCCUCUUGCAUCACCUCACACACAUAUUUCUUGUCCUUAUCUGUGUGACCGGGAUCCCAGUGCGGGCCAGCUGUGGUCACUCAAAUAGGGUGAACUGCACAGAAUGGG